AUGGACACACACGGAUCUUUACAGAUGGGUGGCCAAAGCGAGCUGCCGAAUGUGAAAGACAGGAUGCCCGAACGGUCCGAACGCAACCUGGCCGGACGCUUCAUGCGUGCAGACCACAGCAGCUCUUACGGUGCUUCAAAGGUCAUGAUGGUCCUUUCCACCCGUGGGUCAGCCUUCGAGAUCAUCUCCGAAGAGAUAUCCUUUGUCAAGGAAGUGCGGCCGCCCUAUGGGCCAGAAGAGCAGCCUGUGGUGGAUGCGACCAUGCGUGAGAUCAACCAGGUCUUUGCCUACCGCUUGCCUCAGACAGCGCUCUUCUACUCCUUGGCCGGAGCUUCCCUGGGCCUCUUCACCGUCUCCUACUUCACUUCUUUCAUGCUCCUUGAGGACCAGGGUCCCAAGCGAGUGGUCGACAUCGGCUUUCUCAUCUCGAAAGGUGUGAACGUCUACAUGGGCCGCACCAUCCCCAUCAUCCUGGCAUUGCUUUUCCUUGGAGGCUGGUAUGUUAUGGGUACAGCUGGUCCUCGUGCGGUCGCUUGCUUCGCCGUUGGUGCUGCGCUAAACUUGCUGAGUGCACAGGUCGGAGUCAGCGUCACCGUGCAGGGGCAGACACGCCUGGCCCAUGCGCUUGGCCUGGAACUCUUCGACGCAUUGCAGAUUGGGAUCAGGACUGGCUCGAUUGGAGGACUGCUGGCAACAUCCCUGGCCCUGGGAGGCAUGGCUGGCAUGUGGCUCCUCAUCCAGGACACGCUUUCCUUGUCCGGCUUUGGCUCAGGAGCUUCGAUUGUGUCGUUUUCCAUGCGAGUUGGGGGCGGCAUUUUCUCCAAAGGAGCUGACAUAGGUGCGGAUCUUGUCAGCGACAUGGAGCAGACGCGGAUGGAGGAAGACCAGCGACUAUUUGAGCUACAAAAGAAGAUGGCGGAGUUGGAUGUCUUGGAAGAUCGCAAGCAGCGAGCGAAGCGAGGGGUGGAAGGGGACGACGAAGAUAUGAUGGCAGACUUGCGACGGAUGGAGGAAGAGAUGCAAGACAUCGCUUCACAACUGCACCCCAUCGACUACUUCGAUGUAGUUGGAGAGGCCAUCAACGACGUCUCCGGGACUUGUGCGGAUCUCUUUGAGUCAAUGGUACUGAUCCUCGGCACUUGCACCAUCAUCGGCGUGAAAGGCAGCCCCGUUCCCUCCUUCAACUCUGGCCUGCCUUUUUGGAUCAUUGCAUCCGGCAAGGUGGGUUGUUCCUUGGUGGCUUACUUUGUCCACGUCCACGAGCGAUUCACGGCGAAGCGGAUACGCUGGAGCCUGCGAGCCAACCUUCUCCUCGUCAUCGGCUUGGUUCAGCUAGUGCAAAUCCUCGUGAGCUUCCAGGAGUAUUUGGUGGGGACGAUCUCCUUCGACCGCUUUUGGCACUUUUGUGUCAUAUCGCUGAUGGGCCAGGUGAUCCCAGAGGUUUGCGUUCUUUUGGGUGAAUAUUUCACUUCAACCGAUUACGCACCAGUCCGAUCACUGGCUAUGAAUGCGGACCUGGGGAUCGUGCAGGUCGUCCUUCAAGGUUUCGGGCAGGGCUUCUUCUCGACAGGUCUUCCGGCUGUGGUCAUCAUCACCUGUGUGGUGGCCACGUGGCGGUUGGAGCAACACUACGGCUUGGCUCUCUUGAGCGCUUCCUCUGUCAGUGGAACGGGCUUCCAGGGAGGCAUCGCCUCCUUCGGCGCAAUCGCCACCAAUGCGCACAAGAUCAUCCACCUGACCACCUACCACGCGAUGAGCCGACAUCGUGCGAACAUUUGUGCAGCCCUGGGAGACACAACUGCCCAUGCGGGAAACACCAUCUCUGCAGUGAACGCCUUCAGCGCAGUCUUUAACAUUGCCUUGACUUUGCUGGCGCAGACAUACACAGAGUUGGACAUCAACUACAUGAAUGUCACCGGCUCCAUCCUAUCGAGCUUCAGCCAAGCCGGCCUCGUGUUAGGCGUGGUGAUGACCUUUGCUUUUGCAGCGAACACCAUGAUCUCCUGUCUGGCGACUGCCCAGGCUUUUGCAAAGUAUGUCACCCAACACGACAUCGGCAAGAUCUCGCAGCUGCCCUUCCCCCAGUCGCAUGUUCGACCCUUGAAGAAGCUUGCAUCCUUCGGGACAAUCACGUCCAUGAGGAUGACCAUUUCUCCCAUCAUCAACUCGCUGGCCUGCCCCAUGAUUGGCGGCUUUUUCCUCGGGGUGAAAGGUCUGCUCUUCAUGCUCUCUGGCUCGAACGUGCUGGUGCUUUGCCUGAGCAUCUUCUUGAUCAACUCAGGGCAAUCAUGGGUGGCGGCCAGGAAGUUUGUGCUGUUCGGCCUCCUUCGGGACAAGGAUGGCAAUGUUAUAGGUCCCGAUUCUCCGCAUUAUGCCAACCUGGGCAUCGGGGAAACUAUCGGUGGCCCCUUCGAGGAUACGACGGGCCCGGCCAUGAACAACUUCAUCAAAUUUGUGGCGGUGUUCGCCUUCGUUACUGGCGGUCCUGGCAGAUUGUAUGAUGAGCUCCCUGACAACACCUGGCCCUAUGGCUUCGCUUCCCUGGUCGGCUCGCUGUCCUUGGUGUUCUUCUCUAGGGUGGGCCUGGACCUGCUCCUGCGUGGCGUGGGCUCCGUCCUCCGCAGCCGUCGGAAGAUGCAAGCCUACGAGGAGGGUGAGGAGAUGCCCCCGGAGGGCGAGGAUGACGACGACUUCGAUGCUGAUUUUCAUGGAGCGUGA